AUUAGGUCAUGACUUCAAUUUUUUCCGUUGUAUACAUAUAACAACAUAUAAUCUUUCGUAUAUUAAAUACAAUUCUUAUUUAUUGUUAGUCAGAAAAAUGACGUGGUGGUUUGCCAAAGUACUAAUCAAAUUAUUCAUAUUUUUUACCAUAAGUAAUCACAUUUUGACAGAAAGUUCAAAACUAAAUAUUUUGGAUUAUGUUAAGAAAAAUUUGUAUAAUUUUCGUAAUAACAAUUUGAAAGAUUUUAUUUUUACACUCUCGAAUUCGUCAAAGUACAUUAACAAUCGAAUAAAUUUCAAAUCAAAUCAAGUCGAUUGUUUCGGUUUAGGAAAAGGAUUAGCUAGAAUUUUGGAAUGGUUUUUUUUGAGUAAACCAAAUGGAACAAAUGCUUUGGAUGUUCAAUUUUUCCUUUCUUCAAGAAAACAACCAAAACGUGUUCAAGUUAUGAUUGGUAAACAAUUUGGUUUAGAAUGGACAGACUUUCAAAUCGAACGACUAACAAUCAUUAUAGUUCAUGGAUUCUUAUCUCAUGGUCAAGAAUUAUGGAUUAAUGAAAUGGAAAAAUCAUUCCUUCUAUGGAAUGACGUUAAUAUCAUAGUUGUAGAUUGGAGUGCUGGAGGUAAUACUUGGAAUUAUUAUAAAGCUGCAGUUAACACGAAAAUAAUAGGAUAUCAAAUUGCAAGAUUUUUAGAACACAUAACAAAUGCAACAAGUGCUCAAAAUGAUUUCAACGAUAAUUGGGGGCAAUUACAUUUAGUAGGCCAUAGUCUCGGAGCACAUAUUUGUGGUUUUGCUGCGAAAGAAUUGAAAAAAAGGAAAAACAAAUGGAAAAUACUAAGAAUAACAGGAUUAGAUCCUGCACAACCUUGUUUCAGAAAUGUAGACUCCAGUAUGAAACUUCAUAAAUCUGAUGCGCCAUUUGUCGAUAUUAUUCAUACUAAUGGCAGAUUACUUUCUAAAAUCGGAUUAGGUUUACCAGAACCAAUAGGUCACAUUGAUUUCUAUCCUAAUGGUGGUAGAACUCAGCCUGGUUGCAUAAAGAUCAAUUCUUCGUAUUUCGAAUAUUUACCAAUUCCACUUGGAGAAAUUAAUAAUGCUAUAUGCAGUCAUGGACGUUCAUAUAUUUAUUUGACGGAAUCUUUAGUUUCUGAGGUGAAACAAAAUUGUACAUUCUGGGCGCACCAUUGGAAUUUAUCUUACCAAAACUUGUUGCAAAUAGUAACAGAAUCUUGUGAUAAAAAUAUUUGUACUGAAAUGGGUAUAAAUGCAAUAAAAUAUUCUCAUCGAGGAAUAUUUUUUGUCGCAACUUCCGAUACUUCACCUUUUUGUAUUAAUGACACUCGCAUAAUUGCUGAACUAGUAAUUCAAAUGAAAAAAGAUUUCCCAGACGAAUUUUAUAAUUCCCAGACGAAUAAUUUAUGAAUAAAUUAAUAUGUAUUUUUGAUUGAUAAAUAAAAGAACUUUACUUCAAAUUUUCAA